AUGGCGUCCGCCUCGACUUCCACGUCCCGGGAGGACCCCUACACCCAAUGGACACGCAUAACUGAUGAUGAACUCACGACCGACAAUGUGGAACAACUCCUUAAACCUGUCCGCGAUGACUUCUGGGCUGCUGCUGCUUGUGUCGACCGCAUUGUGGAGGACCCGACCGUGCAACGGUCAUUGCUCGACCUUGGAAUAGAGAGGACACAACCUGCCUUAGAACGUAGCCGAAGGGCACACCAGAGUCCACUUGAUGACGAUGAAGAUGAAGGGUCGGAGGACGCGCGGAUCGAGGAGCAGAAACGGCAUGAGUCUUUGGUCUCUCACUUCCAGGACGAGCCGGCGGACGCACAGCUCUGCCGCAUACGCGCCGUCCUUUUACAUCGUCUUGACAGGUUAAACACGUUUGUCCAGAUAUGUAAGGAAGCUCCAGCGAACGAGGAAGAUUCUGGUCCUGGGACAGACGACGAAUGGGAAGAUGAUCCUUGGGCGGUCGAGGCUACCACGAACUCCUCGGAGAAGGCUCCGCCAUCCACACCCGGGAAGUCACCAUUACCUCUAUCCAUAUUCCUGACAGCCAGCCUCUUGGAUAUCUCAUGCCUACUCGCGUCACAGGAGCUCUUUGCAGCCCUCUGCAUUGUCGUGACGCGACAUGGACCGGAACUAUGGCCGUACCGGUUUGCCAUUCUCGAAAGUGUUCCGGAGCACGCACUCGCUUCAGAAUUCCGAGACAUACUCCCAGCUUACGACCUUUCGAUCGAACUCGAACAGAAGACAGAGUUCCAAUCCUGGAGGUCUGAAGCUGAUUUCUCCGAGAAUCCGACCGUACAAGCGGCCCUAACAGGAUCCGGUGUACCUCUGGAUAUUGAGGCCCCUUCACAAAUUUCGAGUAUUCCCCCCCGUCCAGACCCAUUGACAUCGGAUGAACUUGCCAAAUGGUACCAGAAUCGUAUCGACCUCAUCAUCUCAUCGACGGGGAUGGUGGAUGUUGCUCUUUCGUUAGUGCAACAUGCCGCAUCGCAGGGCGUCCCUCAACUUGAUUCCCUCGGAGAGGAGCUCAGUCUACUCUCUCGCCUAGUGUAUGAUACACAUACUUCUGACAAGGAUACCGAUUGGACAAUCGCCAGUUGGAAGUCCAUGAAUCCUGCAGAAGUCGUAUGUGCCUAUCUCGCUAAUUCGAAACCCGAAACAAUUGCGAACGAUAUCAGCAGACUCGUUAUGCCCUACCUUUUCGUUCUGGAAUCGCGCGCAGAGCGUGCGGGUCAUCCAGACCCUUCCCUUCCCAACCGGCUACUCUACGACUUCAUUCUGGGAUCACCCCUCGAGAUCGUCGCAGCCAUAUUCGAAGCGUCCAAGCCGACACUACCACCUCCACAACGUGUGAUACGAAACGACGAGGAUAUGGCGCGCAUUGCGUUGGCAUGCUUGUAUGGCAGUGAUAGUCUAGAAGAAUGGCCGACAAUGAGUCGUAUAUUCGAGUGUCUUCCUGCAUGGGACACGCCGGAGGAUGAGGAUGAAGCAGAGGCAGCGGAUACCACCAUCGCAUCGCUAGGUGAUUUUGUCGUACCCUCGACCUCUCGUCCUCGCUGCACUCCCACCGACCUCAUGCUUUUCUUCAAACCUCUACCGUCAUCAUCUUUAUCCCAUGCUCUUGACGUUCUUGAUGUGCACCUUGAAUCAGGCGAGAUACUUUCGAGGUGGAGCGUGCCGGCACCGUUACGAUGGUUCCUGCGGAGUAACCAAGAUAUAGCCGAGCAGCGAUCCUGGGCGAACAGGAUGGCACGCCGAGCUGGUGGGUCACAAGACAAACUCGAAUCUCAGGAAGAUUGGGAAUGGUUGCUUGAAGAUAUGCUGAAAUUAUCGGAAUCUGGAGAUAGUGGAUCGAGAAGCGCUUUCUGUCUGCUUUCGAGGGACGACAUCAUUCGCAUCUUUUUCAGCGGUUUGCUGAGCACAGCUAAGUUCGACAUUGCGAAGGCACUGUUGCGUUCGUCAACCGUCCACUUGUUGUUGGACCCCCAUGUCAUUGAAGACAUAUGUCUGACAUGUUCUCAGGAGUUCUAUGAGAACGCAAGCUCCGGUAAUUAUCACUUCGGCGACAUGAAGCUUGCUUACGACUGUCUCGGCAUCCCGACACCCUCGGAACGUAUCGUCAAGGAGAAGGAGUUCAUUGAGGCGACAUCUCGUCUAUGUUCUUUCAACCUGAUGACCCGUUCUGGCACUCCGAUCACGCCUCUCGAGAUACGCCUGACAAAAGACCGCCUAUCCCUUGUGUCCCGCGUGUUAUCCAGCAAUAGCGACGCCUACAAGCACACACAAGUUAUCCUCGAGCUCGUCGAGAAACUCGGCUUCGGUGGAGACGCAAUAGCUGAGGUGAAAACUCUGGCGAUGCUGGUCGAAACAGCCUUGCAGUCGGAAGACUUCACUCGUCAUCGGGAGACCCCCGCGUCGAAGAAGCGAGUGAGGUCUGCUGGGUAG